UCUACCAAGUUAAUGGACUUGCCCAGUGGACAGUUUCCCUUAAAAAGGAACAAAUAAAUGUGACCUCCUCGCGAAAACGGGUGGCCGAAACCCCAACUCAUAUUUUACGCAAAUUUUCAAAAAUGACUGAUCCUGUCAUCGUCCCCGUUCUUCCGACUUCCCAAAAUCCCACCGUUCUUCUUAAGGGUGCAUAUUCCUUCAACCUUGAGAAAGACGACGUUUCCGAGAAGAUUUUUCGAUGCAACAAUCUUUCCUGUCCGGUUCGACUUCAUACCUCGAAAAGUGCCAACAAUCCCGAAAUUAAGACGCAGAAUGGCACCCACAAUCACUCCGCGGACCCCAAAGUCCAAGUGCAGCUGGUCUGGCGGACAAAAACUGGUGAAAUUUCCACCACCAAAAAUUCAAUUUCAACCCGCAAGUUUGUACGACCUUGUGGAAACUGUGGCAAAAAAGGGGCAGAUUUGGUGUCAACGAUUUGCUUACGGGGAGAAGACGAAGCCCCUCCCGAAAAUGUCGAGGGGACAAAUUUUCCCAUUUCCGACGCCCUCUUCUCCCUCGCCCUGUUCUGGUUGGGGUUCCACGACAAACCUGGAAUGAGCCUCUUCGAGUCCUCCCCCCUUCUCGAACUUUGUCCCCCAUGUGCCAAAAUGUUCACAGAAAUUUACAAAAUUUCCAUGCAGUUCCAAUCCUUGGGGGAACACGGGAACCAAGUCAUCACACGAAUCAAAAUCCUCCGGGAAAGGAUGAAUAAAAGCGUCACUGCCACGGCCAAGUUAACCGAAGAAAUUGCGAAAACGGGACAAAAAGGAAACCGGAAACAGAAAAUUAACACCCGGGACGCCAAUUCGGACGAUGAAGAAGCAGAAGAAUGUCAUACAAAAGAGAAAUGUGCAAAUACGGAAACAACAGAUUUUAAAAAUAUAGCAGAAGUCCUAGACAUUUCAAAACCGGGACGAAAAAGAAACCGGAAACAGAAAAUUAAGGCACGUGACGCCGAUGAAGAAGAAGAAUGUCCUCCAAAAAGGAAAUGUGCAGAUUUUAAAAAUAGAGAAGAGGUCCACUGCGAUCUGGACGUUGGAACUGGUCUCGACCUGGUGGACGCCACCCCUGCUGUCCAACCCUUUCAAGAAGGUGAUGACCUCGAAUCCCCCCAUUCUAUUCCACCCCUUGAACAAAACUCCCCCCAACCUAAAAGAUCCCAUUCCUUCCAGUGUUCCGCCUGUCCCAAAAAAUUAUCCACACUGCCCUCCCUACGACGCCACUUUCGCCACGAGCACGACCCCGCCUUCACCCGGUACACGUGUCCUGUACCCACGUGCGGUGGGAAUUACAAAUUCAAUCAAUUUUUCUCCCUAAAAUACCACAUGGACAAGAAACAUCCCGGCGUUCCGGUCCCGCCCAAAAGAGCGGAUCUUGUUCCUGACCCCGGAAACCGGAUAUAUUGUCCCGUCGUGGGGUGUGGAAAAUCGUACGUGGAGCGGACGGGGGUUUACCACCAUAUGAGAAGGACACAUCCGGCCGUCCCAUUUCCUAAAAUUCCGACUAAACCGGAAGCCAUGAAAUCGUGUCCAGUCUGCGGGAAGAAAGUCGUGUCGGUGAGGAAGCACCUAAUCUCGCAUACGGAUCGUGAGAGAACCCAGCUCUGCACGAAAUGCGGAAAACUCUUCCGAACCGCGAGAGACCUCCGAGUCCACGACGUCGUGGUCCACAUCCGUGAAAAAAAGCACGCCUGCGCAAUCUGCGGGGCGGCCUUCGUGCUGAAGAGUGGCCUCGAUAAGCACGUCCUGUUCCGCCACGAGGUCCCGCCAGACCUCCGGUUUUCCUGCGACACGUGCGGAAAAUCGUAUCGGCGCCUGCGCAGCUUGCAGGAACACGUGGGCACGCACACCUCCAAAGAUUUCCAGUGUUCCCUUUGCGCCAGAGUUUUCCCCAGAAGGUCGCACCUCACCGGACAUAUGAAGCGGAUUCAUGGGAGUGGGGACGCGGCGGGAGAAAAAGGCGGGAAGGAUUUCCACUGUGACAAAUGUUCGAAACCGUUCCGAAGGAAGGCGCACCUCGUCCGACAUAUGAAAAGAAUGUACGACUGCGGACAAAAGAGGGGGAGGGCGGUGAAAGAAAAGAGUGAGAAAGAAGGGGACGAAAAGAGCGGGAAAGCAGCGGAAGAAAACAGCGGGAAGGACUUCCAGUGUCGCAUUUGUUCCAAAUCAUACAACAGGAAUUACAAUCUCAGGAGACAUAUGAGAGGGAUUCAUGGAAUCGAAGAAAAGAGCGGGAAAGCAAGGGGAGAAAAGAGCGGGAAAUCAGCUGGAGAAAGGAGUAGAAAAUCACCCGGAGAAAAGCGCGGAAAAUUAGCCGGAAAAACGAGCGGGAAAGCAGCCAUAAAAGUUGUGAGAAAAGCUAGAGAAUACAAGAAGAAGAAGAGCAACGUGUCUAAAGUCAAGAAAUGAGCAGUGUCCGCGGAAGUGUGGGACAUUUCCCCAUCAUCUCCCCAACCCCUCCCCAAUUCCCCUAGAAUUUUUAUGCCCCCCCCCCCCCGGCUUCCGCUGGAAAUCUAUGGAUUAAUUUGGACCACGAAAUAAUAAAAUCUAUUCCAAUUUAUUUAUUUACUCAAUUAAACAAAAUAAA